UGGAGACUCAAUCUCUCCCUAAAAACUUUUGGAGUUGGAUAUUGGAAGAAUCAUGAAGAUCCUACUUCUUUUGGGGCUGGUGGUUCUGUCAGAAUGUUUGGUGAAGGUCCCUCUCAGGAAAGGGGAAUCUUUCAGAAAUCGCCUAAAGAGGUUGGGAUUAUUGGGUGACUACCUUAAGAAACAUCCAUACAAUCCUGCAACCAAAUACUUCCCUGAAUUAGCUCAAGCUUCCGGUGAGCCUCUACAGAACUACAUGGAUAUUGAAUAUUUUGGAACUAUAUCCAUUGGAACCCCAGCACAGGAGUUUACAGUUAUCUUUGACACAGGAUCUUCCAACUUGUGGGUCCCAUCUGUCUACUGUUCCAGCCCAGCAUGUACGAACCACCAUAUGUUUAACCCACAACAAUCAUCCACUUUCCAAGCCACAAACACACCAGUGUCCAUCCAAUACGGAACCGGCAGUAUGAGUGGAUACUUGGGAUAUGACACUGUGCAGGUUGGGAACAUUGUCGUCACUAACCAGAUUUUUGGACUAAGCGAGUCUGAGCCUGGCUCUUUCUUGUACUAUUCUCCAUUCGAUGGUAUUUUGGGUUUGGCUUUCCCAAGUCUGGCAUCUUCUCAGGCAACACCUGUCUUUGACAACAUGUGGAGCCAGGGCCUCAUUCCUCAGGACCUCUUCUCUGUUUAUCUUAGCUCCAACGGUCAGAGUGGCAGCUUUGUGUUGUUUGGUGGGGUGGAUACUUCAUAUUACAGUGGAAGCUUAAACUGGGUUCCUCUGACAGCUGAAACCUAUUGGCAGAUCACAGUAGACAGUGUAUCCAUAAAUGGACAAGUCAUUGCAUGCAGCGGCUCUUGUCAAGCUAUCGUUGACACUGGAACCUCUUUGCUGGCUGGACCACCAACUCCCAUUGCUAAUAUCCAAUACUACAUUGGGGCAAGCCAAGACUCCAAUGGGGAGUAUGUGAUCAACUGCAACAGUAUCAGCAGCAUGCCAACCAUCAUUUUUACUAUCAAUGGUGUCCAAUUCCCACUUCCACCCAGUGCUUACGUACGCCAGAACCAGCAGGGAUGCACCAGCGGAUUCCAAUCCAUGAAUCUUCCAACAAGCUCAGGGGAUUUGUGGAUUCUGGGAGAUGUAUUUAUCCGCGAAUACUAUGUAGUGUUUGACAGAGCAAACAAUUAUGUAGCAAUGGCUCCUCUUGCCUAAGAAAUCGAAGUAUUCCCCCUGCCCUUUUCUGUUCAGGAGAUUUGGAAAUUCUGUUCUUUUCACUUGGACUUCGCCCUGCCCCAUAAUGAGCAAUGCCACAGACAGAUUUAUGUAUGUACCUCUGCACUAAAAAAAAGUUUGUUAUGUUGUAUGAUGCAGGAGAAACAAAAUGUAUGAUCCUUGCAUAUCCCAUUAAACAGUGUGUAGGUAAAUUACAAAAAUAAAA